AUGAUUAGAUGUGCAAAGAAAACUAUUCCCCGAGGCAAGAUUACACACUAUCGAGUGUUUUGGUCUAAACACCUUGAGGUAAUAAACACUAUCGAGUGUUUUGGUCCAAACACCUUGAGGAAGCUAAAAGAAAGCGGGACGCCCUUCGCAACACUGCUGAUCAGAGACGCCCUUCGCAAAACUGCUGAUCAGACUGGAAGAACUCUGAUCAGACUGGAAGAACGGAAGACGUACAAGCUUGGAGACGACAAGCAGCUGCCCUAA